AUGGACCUGUCAUUGUAUGACCCCGCUAGCCUGCCGGACCUGCUGCCGCUCUACUACCGGAGGAUCUUCCCAUUCUUCCAGUACUACAGAUGGCUCAACUACGGUGGCGUUGUGAAAAACUACUUUCAGCACCGGGAGUUCAGUUUCACCCUGAAAGAUGACAUAUAUGUACGAUAUCAGUCCUUCAACAACCAGAGUGAACUGGAGAAGGAAAUGCAGAAGAUGAAUCCAUACAAAAUAGAUAUUGGAGCAGUAUACUCCCACAAGCCCAGCUUGCACAACUCGGUGAAAUCGGGAACAUUUCAAGCACAAGAGAAGGAGUUGGUGUUUGAUAUUGAUAUGACAGAUUAUGAUGAUGUUCGGAGGUGCUGCAGUUCUGCAGAUAUAUGCAAUAAGUGCUGGACUCUAAUGACCAUUGCCAUGAGAAUACUGGAUAGAGCACUAGCAGAGGACUUUGGGUUCCAGUAUCGAUUAUGGAUAUAUUCAGGCAGGAGAGGAGUCCAUUGCUGGGUGUGUGAUGAAUCUGCCAGGAAGCUCUCCCAAGCUGAAAGAUCUGCUGUAGCAGAGUAUUUAAGUGUGGUGAAGGGAGGAGAGGAGACCAUAAAGAAAGUUCAGCUCUCUGAUCCCAUUCACCCAUUUGUCAGGAAAUCCAUUACAGUGGUGGAGAAAUAUUUUGAACAAUAUGCUUUGGUGGGGCAAGACAUUCUGGAAAAUAAGCAGAACUGGGAUAAAGUGUUGGCACUUGUUCCAGAAGAUAUCCUUUUUUUCUUUUGA